AUGGAUGAUCAUUUCAUCGAUUUCAUCGUUAUUCUGCUCAUCCUUAUUGUUCUUAUCAUUGCUACCGUAUUCCUUUUGGUAAUGUAUUCGAAGCCAGUGAAACGAUUUUUGGCGAAACUCAUCGGCAGACCGAAAAAAGUCGCCCGAAACGACGUCGAGGCGAAAAUUGCGCCGAAAAGAACGACAAUUCGGAUAGUUAAAUCGCUUGAUCUCGACGAUCCCAAAUCACCGCCAUUUAGAAAACAGAGCGCGAAACGCGUGUUGUCGAAUCCGCCUCCAGGCACCAAAAAACCAAUGCAAACCCCUCUUCCGACGCCAACAUCGGCAUCAUCGCCGUCGCAAAAAUGCGUAUUCGUGUUUCCCAAAAAUCUCUCCUAUCAAAUGACAAUGACACCGACGAUAAGCCAAAGUAAAUCAACGAAUAGCAGCUAUUUGCCAACAGCGAUGCCCGUUCGACGGUGUUCCACUUAA